AUGGCGCUAAUAAAGACGUCUUUAACAGUUUCAUGGGCUAUUUUGAUAGUUGCAUUCUUCUCCUUUGUAAAUGCUGCUAAUGGUGCAAUAAUUUCGACUGAGUUAAACGAUGUGGGUUCGAAAAUGUUAACGCCAGAAAAAGUCUGUAUCACACAACAAUGUUUUAAAUCAGCUUCAAUGAUUUGGAAAAACAUGGAUAUAACUGUGGAACCUUGUGAGAAUUUUUAUCGAUUUGCAUGUGGUAAAUUCUUAAAGGAAUCAGUUAUUCCAAAACAUGAAUCAAGCGUGUCUCUCUUUAGUAGAACUGAUAAAAUACUAAUGAAGCAGCUGAGAACAAGUUUAGAACGUAAGAUGAAAAAAAAUGCUCCGAGAACGUUCAAAGUGCUGCAGUCGUUUUAUAAAACUUGUCUCGAUAUUGAUGAAAUCAAUGAAACUAGUACAAAUGAAGUAUUAGAUAUCCUAAAGAAACUUGGUGACUGGCCUGUGUUGGUUGGUGAUUCUUGGAACGCUUCGAACUUUGAUUGGAGACAAUUAAUCUAUCAAAUGCGUAAAAUGGGGUAUAUAGAAGCAAUGAAUGGUCUUAUACAAUUCCGUAUUGAAAUAGAUCAGCGAGAUAACAGCAGAUACGUAAUAACUUUAGAUCAAGCAUCCACGGGGCUCAUAAAACAAUACUUAUCAAAAGGCUUCAAAGACAAAAUUGUACAAGCCUACUAUAAAUAUAUGAUCAAUCUUGCCACAAGCCUUGGAGCUGAAAAAAAACGAUCGAAAAAAGAACUGCGUGACUCCUUGAAUUUUGAAAUUGAGUUGGCAAAGAUUUCUUUACCGAUGGAAGAGCGUAAAAAUAUGUCUCUGCUGUACAAUCCUAUGACACUAGACGAAUUACAAUUAGAAUAUCCAGACAUUUCCUGGAGCGAGUAUUUAAAUCGAAUUCUGUUGCCACAAACUAAAUUGUAUAAAUCCAGUUUUCCAAUUAUAGUUAAAGUUCCAAAUUUUCUUAAAGCUUUAUUAAAACUAAUUAAUAGUACUCCGAAGCGUGUUCUUGCCAAUUAUGCUAUUUGGCGAGUUGUCCAAGAGUCGGAUUCUUUCAUGAAUGAACACGUAAAACGCAUUAAAGCUGAUUUUAUGGCGUCAAUAAUAGGCACAAACGUACAAGUACCACGAUGGAUACAGUGUCUUGACUACGUAUCGCAAAAGUUGUAUUUGGCUGUUGGAGCUUUGUACGUGAGAGAACAUUUCGAUAAGAAAUCGAAGGUGAUUGCUGAAGAACUUGUUGAUAGGUUACGUCGGAGUUUUGCAGGUUUAUUAGAAAAGAUUCAUUGGAUGGAUGAAAAAACUAAAAAUACCGCUAAAAAGAAGCUCCGUUCAGUUAAAGAUUCCAUUGCUUACCCGGACGAGUUCCUUGAGGACGAAAAAAUUGAUGCUUAUUUUCAGAAUCUGGAAGUCAAUUCGGAAAGCUUUUUGAAGAAACAUUUGAAUUUGAAUCUUUUCAAAUUCAAAAAGGUUUUAGAAAAACUGAUAAAACCCGUCGAUGAAAAUGAUUGGACGACGACAGGAUAUUCGGCAAUAGUGGAGGCCUUCUAUUACCCUCCAAUGAAUAGAAUUAUCAUUCCGGCGGGAAUCUUACAAGGCCAAUUUUUCACAAGUGGUCGGCCGCACUACAUGAAUUACGCUGCUAUUGGUUGGGUAAUUGGUCAUGAAUUGACACACGGGUUUGAUAAUGAAGGUAGACAAUUCGACGAGAACGGUGAUUUGGUUAACUGGUGGGAUCCUGAAACGUUGCAAGAGUAUCUUAAUCGAACUGAAUGUAUAAUUCAACAAUACAGUAAUUAUACAGUUAAUGGCUUUAAACUGAAUGGUGUGAAUACGCAAGGUGAAAAUAUCGCAGAUAACGGAGGCAUUAAGGAAGCAUACUUGGCUUACGAAGAAUAUGAAAGAACUCAUGGUCAAGAAUUUGGUUUACCUGGAUUACCCUACACACCGCGGCAACUAUUCUGGAUAAGUGCGGCAAACGUCUGGUGCAGUAAAUCUAGACAUGAAAUGUUAGAACAUAGUAUCAAUACUGGUGUUCAUAGUCCUCAUGAGUUCCGUGUCAUUGGGUCUUUUUCUAAUAUACCUGAAUUUUCUAGAGACUUUAAUUGUCCUGUUGGAUCUCCAAUGAAUCCUACUAAAAAAUGUGCAAUUUGGUAA